CCAUUCCAUUUAACAAAGACCAUUAUUAAUUAUUAUUUGAUACUUAAUGGUUUUUAUUUUUCCAUUGAGAGUUGAGAUUUGAGAUUUUGAAGUUUUGAACUUUUAUUGUAGUCAAGUUGUAUUGAAUUAUUGAUCGUCUCGUCUUUGCUAAUAGCCAACAGGCAGUAACAGCAAUAGUGCGAAUUUGCGAUACUUGUUUUCAAUUUUUGUCAAUCAUUGUUGGAUAUAAUUUGAGUACUUAUCUAUUUUUAUUUACUCUGUCCUUCGAAUUUCAUCAUCAUGGAUUUACUUGGGUCAAUCAUGAAAUCAAUGGAAAAACCACCAACUGUGGAUACUAAAGAAAAACUAAGGCAAAAAAUGCACACAUGUUAUUUAUAUAAUACUAUAGUACACAAUGGAUGCAAAAGCAAAGUUUAAUAGUGAAUUAAAAAAAAACCGAGAAAAAUUAGCUAAAAAUGCUUCAUAUUUAACUGAUGAACAAUAUAAUAAUAUAAUCAGACAAAUACUAGAAUUAAAACGUGGAGUUAAGAAAAAGGAGUCAAGAGAUUUUCAUCUAUUAAAAAGGUUUGAUGUAAUAUUAGUUCAAGACAAACAUCAAUUAAUAGUUCCUAUGAAAGACAAAAGCGUUGUGCUGUACUAUGGUGUCUGAUGAAAAACUGUACAAUUUAUUGAAAUCAACUCAUAUUUCUAUUGGGCAUGGUGGACGUGACCGCAUGAUAAAGGAAUUAAGUAAAAAAUACAAAAAUAUAGGCCGUAGUGAUAUUUGCACAUUUUUACAAACGUGUGAAAUAUGCCAGGAAAAACAAAAUAGUAUUAAAAAAGCCACAGCGGUAAAACCAUUUAUUUUUUCUGAAUUCAAUUCCAGAUGCCAAGUUGAUUUAAUUGAAUUUCAUUCGAUUUCUAAUGGAAAAUUUAAGUAUAUAAUGAUUUAUCAAGACUACCUUACAAAAUUUCUAGUGCUAAGACCUUUAAAACAUAAACUAAUUGAAGAAGUGGCUUAUAAUCUUUAGAUAUAUUUACUUUGUUAGGAGCCCCUUGUAUUAUUCAAUCUGCUAAUGGUCAAGAUUUUUCUAAUGAUCUAGUUAAUUGUCUUCGAGGCCUCUGGCCAGAAUUAAUAAUCGUUUAUGGCAAACCUAAUCAUUCCUAAGACAAUGCACAAGUAAAACAAGACAUUAAGAGUAUGUUAAAUACUUGGAUGCAGAAUCAAACAAGUUCUAGUUGGAAUGAAGGCCUUCGUUUCGUACAAUUAAUGAAAAAUCAAACUUAUCGUUCAGACAUAAAAAUAAUACCUCAUGAAGCAUUAUUUGGUACCAAAAUUAAAAUAGGAAUAAGUGAAAAAUUAUCUGACAAUGCUACACCAAAUAUAAAUAGUGAGGAAGACUUAAGAAAAUUUAUGGAAAAAAGUAAGGAUAUAAAUACAAAACAAAACUUAUCAAAUUCCAACGCAGGAAAUGAAGAAAUAAUUUCUGUUAUUCAGUCAAACAAUGACAAUUUUAAUGAUUCAGGUAAAAUAGUAAAAGAAAACAUUAAAAGCCAAGCAAAGGAAAUAAAAAUAAAUUCAAAUAAAAAGUUUUUACCAGUUGAAAUUGGAUCAGUUCAACUUCCAAUUUUGAUAAAUAACAAAAAGUUAACAACUGAUGACUAUUAUAAGGCUGGAAAACAAGAUGGAAUUUUAAAACAGCCUUAUGCCAAAAGUGUACUUAGUAUAUAUCAAAAAAAGCUUAUAAACAUUAAUGAAAAGCUUGAAAAUAAAGAAGCAUUAAGAAAUUUGUUAAAUGAACAAUCAAUAAGUUCAGUACAAGUACAUACAAAUGGAAAUGACAAAAUAAAAAAAGCCCAAGAAAUGUUCAUCAAGCAACAGAAUAAAGAAAAAGCAAGAAUGAUACAGUUCCGUAACGAAACGGAGAAAAAAGUGACAUUAUUUGUCCAAGAUGAUCACCAAACCCGUUUGAAAUUCCCUACUUUGAAUAAAGUGCUACGCAAUAUUGUACAUGAAAUUGCUGAGGAUGCUGGAAUGUUAGCUUAUUCUUUUGGAGAAGAAGAAGUUGAUCGAUAUAUUAUGAUAUUCAAGAAAGACUUUCCACCUUCUGAGGAUGAAUUGAAUGCACUCAGAAAUGGUCAAGAAUGGAAUGAUGAUAUUGCUAAAAGAUUGUCGGAGCAAAGAGAACAAGUUAAAAUAGAAGAAAUGUUAGAUGAAAAAAAACGAAUGAUGCUAAAGCGAACUAACCAAGAUAAGCCUAAAUAUAAUUACAAAGAAAAAUUCCAACACCUUGUUGGCUUGGAAGCAGCUGAACAAGCAGCACGAAAGACAGAAACUAAUAAAUCUUAUGGAUUUGUUCCAAGUGAAAAUAAAAAGGACUUAAGGUCAAUUGAGCAAACACUAGCAGAUAUACGCGAAAAAAAACGAUUGAAAAUAGAAAAUGGCUCUCAAAGUCAAUCUUCAAAAACGAACUAAUUUUUUCUAGUUAUAGUCUACAUUUUUAUGAAAUAUAGGUUUAUUAAAUCAAAUAAAAUAGGAAUACAGCUCAUAUUAAAAUUACUUAAAACAA